AUGAAUGGUGCGAACGGGGGAUAUGUGUUUUAUGGCGAGGGUGUGGAAGUCGGGCUGUCCAACGUCGGUGGCGACGUCCACGACGGCCGUUUGGAUCCGAGGGCCAAUAGACGUCUGAGAUGGCGAAAGAUAGAGUGCCCCGCGAAGACUGUCAAAAGUCCGAAGCGGUAUGGAGAGCGGGAAGGGAAGAAGAGCUCGUCGGAGGUGGAGAAACGGGUGAAAGGGGCAAAGAGCGAAGCGACUUCGAAAGAGCGUUCAAAGCGCAUGUUGCUUUCGCCUGCUUUGACGCUCUCCUCCACCUCCGAUGACGACUCCUCGUCCUCCACUACCUCCUUUGCUCUCGGACUUUCGAUAGUCGUCGCCGGGCGCACCACUCUACGCCAUCGCAGAUCUCGGGUCCCUCGGAUCAAGACGGUCAUCGUCGACGACGUCGCCAACAUCGGGCAGCACGACUUCCACACCCUCACCACUGCAUCACCCGGCGCCGCCCCAUUCCUGCCCCGUUUACUUUGA